AUGAAGUGUGGGAAAAAUCAUAGAGGAGUGUGCAUCGCGGAUUUCGAUGCUUGUUUCAAAUGUGGAAAGCCUGGUCAUCAUGUUAGGGAGUGUAGAGGUGGGGCUAGGCCCCAAGGACAGACUCAAGCUAUCAGUUAUCUAGAUCAGCAUGUUACUACGUCGGGUGGCGGUCAGUGCCAAAAUAGAUUUUAUGCCCUUCAAACUCAUCAGGAGUUAAAGGACCCCCCCGAUAUUGUGACUGGUAAGGUAAAUGUGGUUGCCGACGCUUUUAGUAUAUUGUCCAUGAACAGUGUUGCUCAUAUUGAGGAUGAGAAGAAAGAACUAGCCGACAUGUGCAUAGAUGUAAAGGAAAAAGAAGAUAGUGAUCCCGCUAUUGAAUUGAAGAAAGCGGUUGCUGAAAAAACUAUUGAGGCUUUCUCCUAA